AUAAAAGAAGACAUUAAGUUUCAAUCGAACUGACUAGAAAUAGCAAAAUUUUAUUCUAAGAAGAAAAUUUUGAAUAUCGCGUGAUGAAGUUUUCGAGGAAGUAAUAGAUAAUACAAAUGUUCUAUGAAUAAAUUAGCCUCACGAAAAGCUAGAGCUAAUUAAAUAUUAAUGCGCUUCAUGACUAUUUCUAUUAUCAUAAGCCUGUCGCCAUAGACAUCUAACAAAAUAGACAACGCAGCUUUGAAAAUACUAAUUAUUCUUAGAAAAACAUUAGUAAUAAUUUCUACUUCGGUAUUAGUCGUGAGUUAGACUUCAAACUGCGAUGAAUAUUCUCCAAAGCCCGCACUUUCAAGAUUUCAAAGUCGUGCUUUCUCUCCUCGGACAAUGGCCUUCUCAGUCGCGACUGCAACGAUACAGUGCUCGGUUUUUCGUGUUGUUUGCUAUUUUCAGUAUUUUAACACCAAAGGUUAUAAAAUUUGUUGAAGUGAUGGAUGACAUUGACGGAAUCAUCGCGUGCUUGCCCAUGAUUUUCGUUCAUCUUACUAGUCUUACCAAAUAUUUCAACUGGAUUAUAAAUACAAGCAAGUUUGACCGUCUUAUUUUUUUGAUCGAGCGUGAUGGAAAGACUUUGGAAGUUAAUCAAGAUGUUGAAAUUAUGGACGAUUGGUUGAGAAAAAUCAAAAGUGUUUCAACGACUUAUACAACUUCUAUGUUCGGGAUCCUCGGAGUGUUUUUGAUCUCUCCAGCAUUUCCAAAAGUGCUGGACAUAAUAAACCCAUUGAACGAAUCCCGUCCGCUGUUACAAAUCUACGAAACAGAAUAUUUUGUGGAUGAAAACGAGUAUUACUUAUACAUACUGCUGCACGCUUAUAUGACCGUACCGAUUUCUAUGGGGGUCCUUAUAUACUUUGAUAUUCUCCUUGGAACCCAUGUUUACCACGCUUGCGCAAUGUUUGAAAUACUCCGAACAUAUUUGAAGACAAUUCACGUAGAAAUUUGCGACGAACAAGUUGAGGUGAAAGAUAAAUCAAAGAAAAUAAUCCACUGCGUUCGCAUGCACAGAACUACUCUAGAAUUUGCCGAUGAAAUAGACUCGGCUUACAGCACGGCUUGGUUCAUCAUGCUGAUAACUUGUCUUGUAGGAAUGACCUUCACCGGAACAGCGACAGUUAUUAAGCUCAGUGAAACAAAUGAAGCGAUAAAGUAUGUUUCAUUUUGUAUGGGCCAUGCGUUCCAUCUUUACUUUACAAGUUUUCAAGGACAACUUCUUAUAGACAACAGUGAAGCGGUCUUUUAUGAUACUUAUUCGUCAGAGUGGUACAGAAUUCCCAUCUUCUACCAAAAACUCCUUAUUACAAUAAUGAUGCGAAGCAUGAAUCCCUGCAGAAUUUCAGCUGGAAAAGUAUACAUUCUCGCGAUGGAUACUUUCAGUUCAGUGAUGCAAAAAGCGAUGUCUUUCUUCACAGUUCUGUCAUCAAUGCGUUGAAAGUAUAAAAAAUUAAAUGUUAUUCUUAUUGUUGCUUAAUUU